AUGUGCGAAUACACCCGAAGCUCGCGCGUGUACCGGCCCUGCACCAGACGCCCCAGACACAUGGUCACCAUCCGAGUGUACGAGCUCUGCUGGCGCCAGAGUGCCUACGGGAUCCAGCGACACUGUCCGAACUCCACUGACAAUGGAUAUGACGGCGGGAUCACGCCUGUUAUUGCUCCUUGCCCGACCUGCCAAGACCCGAAUGUGACUACGAUUGAGCGCUAUGCUGUCGUCCAGUACGAACAGAGCCGUGCAAAGACUAUUGCCUGA